AUUUAAUAAGUUUAUUAGUUGAGUAAUAACGUUUAUCAUCAAUAUUUCACAAGGAUGUUUUCUCUUGUACAAUUUGAUAAUGGUGAAUAUUCCAUUCUACCAUCCAAACGAGUAAAGAUCGUUCAAGGAAAAGAUUGCAUUAUUAAAUAUACUGGAGGUGGGAAGUACAGUGCUGAUUUAAUAGAUUCUUCUGAUAUUCAGGAUAAUUUAAUUGAUCUGAAAACAAAACUGGAACAAAAUGAAAACUUGAUUAAUAAGGAAAAUUCUUCUCACUUAUCAAAUAGAAAGAGUAAUCACUCAUCUGAUUCUUCGCAAAGGGCAAAUCAAAUUCUUCAAAUAAAAGAAAUGGGAUUUUCUACGCCAUUAAAUAAUAACUCACCAACUGUUCCGAAUUUAGAAAUAUCAAAUAUUUCUUUAAAUAAUCUGCCCACCGUUUUGAGUAAUACUAAUACGGAAUUAGAAAGUAGUUCUCCCCGAAGUGGAUUCACAGACAAAUUGGAGUCACUCGGACCGAAUUGGCCCAACAUAUCUACUGAUGAAAAAUCUCGAGAAGUCAAUUCUAACGAAGAAAGUUGUAAUUCUAAAAUUAUACAAGACAAUUCGAGUAAUGAUAAUAUGAAUGAAGAGGAUAUGAGUCAAAGUAAUAAUAAUGAUAAUAAAAAUGAUCCAAGUUACGAUCCUAAACAGAGUACUCACAGUGCUACAUCUGAAAUGUCUUUUACAAUUGAAAAAUCUUCAAUAAAAGAAAAGUCAUCUUCAUUAGAUAAUGGCUGUCCACUUGAUAUUCGUAAAUUGUCAAUUCCAGUAACUACUUCUGAAAAAGGAAAGAUAAAAAAACAUUUCUGUUCAUUUUGUAAUACUUUGCAAACAAAAUUUGCAAGACAUCUCAAGCUAAAACAUAAGAAUGAAGAAGAAGUUAAAAAAUUUAUUUAUUUACCAAAUAAAAAUAAAGAACGAAUUAAAAUUAUCGAUACUUUACGCAAAAAAGGAGAUUUCCUUCAUAACACAAAACCUGAAUUAAAUUCUGGCAUUUUAAUAGUAUCAAGACAGCGUCAAAAAAAAUCAAAAAACUCUGUAGAAGAUUAUGUAUGCUGCAAAACAUGUCAAGGAUUUUUUGCACGAAACACAAUUCGUAUUCAUUACUCGAAGUGUAAUAAAUUUCAUAAAAAAGGAGAUCGUAACAUUUUUUCUUCCAGUCGACGUCUAUGUGGAUACAUUCAUUCUUGUGCUAAUGAAACAUUGCGUCGACAUGUCUUUCCAAUUCUAAGAAAUGAUGAAGUCUCAAGAUGUAUUAAAUAUGACGAACUCAUCAUACAGUUUGGCAAUAAAUUGUGUGAUAAAUAUACGUUGACUCAUCAACAUGAUAUGAUUAGAGCACAACUUCGCUUAUUGGGACGCUUUAAACUAGAAAUAAUAGCACUGGACAAUGAAAUCCAUGAAUUUAAAGAUAUAUUUAAACCACAAAAUUUUGAUAAAGCUAUAGAUAGUUUAAGAAAAGUAGCUCACUGGGAUUUAAAUAUUAUGUGGUUUCGAACACCAGCUGUCGCUCAAAAUCUUACGACUCUGAUAAAGAAAUGUGCACAUAAGUUCAGAACUGAAUGCAUAAAAAAUCAAGACCAUGAGAGAAAAAAGUCUGUGGAAGAUUUUUUAUUAUUAUGGGAAGAAGAAGUUCCCACACUUAUCAACAAAAAAGCUCUUGAGGAUCAAAUAAAUCAGAAACGCCGAAAAAAAAUAGUUCUCCCGUCUAAGCAAGAUAUCAAAUUAUUGUAUGAUUAUUUAAAAAAAGAAUGCAAUACUUGCCUUGAAAUUUUAGAUAAUGAAUUCAAUUUAAAUGCAUGGAUUCUUUUAACUCAAUGUACGCUCAUUUUUAUUCAAAUCUUUAAUCGUCGCCGAGCUGGAGAAAUUGAGCGAUUGACAUUGAUUAAUUAUCAGAAUAAAGAAGCAUUAGAUGAAAAUGUCGAUCAAGAACUUUAUAAACAAUUAUCCAAUUCUACAAAAGAAUUUGCUAAGCAAUUUGUUCGCUUAACACUUCGAGGAAAAUUGGGUAGAACUGUUUCAGUAUUACUUAGUCCAUUUGUAAUCCAAUGUAUUGAAACUAUUCUUAAAUUUCGAAAAUACGCUGGAGUAAGCUCUAAUAAUGAAUAUAUAUUUAGUGUACCUCAUACUAAUAGAUUAUCUAAAAAAUAUCUAAGAGCAUGUCCUUUGAUGCGUCGUUUUGCCAAUGAAUGCGGUGCACUCAUUCCAAGUACUUUACGUGGUACUAUGUUAAGAAAGCACAUUGCAACGUAUACUUCCAUGUUAAAUAUCGAAGAUUGUCAAAUUGAUCGUCUCGCUAAUUUUAUGGGCCAUCACAAGGACAUUCAUAAAAAUAUAUAUAGAAUGCCUGUGCCAGUAGCUGAAAUAACCGAUGUUUCACGAUUGUUGAUGGCAGCUAUUGGUCAUGAUGACAAAGAAGAUGACGAAGAAAAUAGCGAAGAAAAUAGCGAUGAUAACGAAAACAGCGAUGAAAGUAGCGAUGAAGAAGAUGCUCAUGUUAUGCCAGCAAUGAUCGAACGUACUAAUGCUAAUAUGGAUAAUAUUGAUCAUACGUCUACAUUUGACAGUGAAAACACUUUUUCUCCUCUGUCAACAAAUAAUUCCACAAAUUCUAAAUGCCGCAACACUUCACCUUUUGGAAAAACAAAAAGAACUAAAUGGACUGAUCGAGAGAAAGAGGCAAUAACUAAACAUUUUGGAAAUUUACAAAAUUUAUCAAAAUUACCAUCUUUACAAGAAUGCAGAAAAGUCAUUCUUAAAUACAGAGUAUUGAAUCAAAGAACACCUCAACAAGUCAAAACGUGGAUAGAUAAUCAAAAACGAGUCAAAAAUCGUCAACAGUCCUAUAUAUGUUCAAAAAAUUUGUCUUUUUGAAUUAUUAUUUAUACUAUUUAUUAUUAUUGUGCGAGAAGUUCAUAUGAAUUUUUUGAAUUAUGCAACAAAAUAAUUUCUGAAUAUUAUAUAAAAACAUUAUUCAAUAUA